CUCUGCUAUUAUUUAAUCAAUAUAGCUGUAGUCUUUCCCCCACUCAGGAGAGGCAGACGGCUCAACUGAGCUUGCUACUGGUCUCAGCCCAGCUAUCUCCUAGGAACUAGUGUGCGGUAAGACGGACAUUUACGCUGUCGCUAUGAUCAGGUUUAUCCUCGUACAGAACCGGCAAGGAAAGACACGGCUGUCGAAAUGGUAUGUUCCAUAUGACGACGACGAGAAGGUGCGGCUGCGUGGUGAAGUGCAUAGGCUCGUAGCACCGCGAGAUCAGAAAUACCAAUCGAAUUUCGUCGAGUUCCGGAACCACAAGGUCAUCUACCGUCGCUAUGCCGGCCUCUUCUUCUGCGUAUGCGUCGAUGCCAACGACAACGAGCUUGCAUACCUCGAGGCAAUCCACCUUUUCGUAGAGGUGCUCGAUUCGUUCUUCGACAACGUUUGCGAGCUGGACCUCGUGUUCAACUUCUACAAGGUAUACGCAAUCCUUGACGAAGUCUUCCUUGCCGGAGAGAUUGAAGAAACCAGCAAAGACGUCGUGCUCGCGAGGCUUGAAGAGCUCGAGAAGCUCGAGUGAAUUGUUAAGUAGAUAGAGUUCUGGGAACCUGGACAGGGUAUCA